UUUGGCUGUAAACACAUACAUUUAAAACAUGUUAAGUAGGUACAUAGAAUCCAUUUAGAUCAGAGUCCUGGUUUCAACAUACUAAGAUUAUUCAGUAAAGAUUUCCUAUUAUUGCUGUCCAUUUUCUGACAAAAGAGUGGCCUUUUGUACCACUUCUGACCCUCGUCGAACUUUAAAUUAACGAGAUGAAACAGUUUACAAACUCCACCCUGAAAAAAACAACAGUCAAUUACUACAGGAUCAAUUAAAAGCCGAUUAUUCCUUUAAGACUCUGAUCAAGAGGGAGAAACUCACAUACUUUGUGCAGGGGAUGAGAGUGGCUGAUAACCUAAAAAAAAAAACGCCUAGGCUUGACAGGAUGCAGGGAAGAAGGGAAAAGACGCCGAGAAAGCGAGACGGAAGCCACAAGAGUACGGUACUAAUAAAAUGCCUUUGGACAAGCUAAGGAUUGUUGCUAAGAGAAAUCGAAGGAGAAAACGGGUCGGGCCGACUGUUCGGCACCUAAUUAACCGAACAUAAGAGGGGGGAGGGGGGAGAGAGAGAGACGCCGAAGCCUCCUUUCCUCAGACCGCUCCGGCGGUCGGGAGAAAAGGAGGAGGAGGAGGGGGCGGCUGCCCCGCCAUGGCAUGCUGGUCACGGAGCGUCCUGCUGUGGCUGCUGGCGGGCGCCUGUGGUCUGGCUUUGCUCGGCUAUUGCGUCUACUUCGACCGAAAGCGACGAAACGCCACAGACUUCAAACAGAGGCUGAGAGAAAGUAAGUCGCGCGGGAGGGAGAGCUGCCGCCCCUGCGGUCCUCUCCCCGCCUCAGGGAGAAGGCAAAGAAGAAAAGAACAGAAAAAAGCAAAAGAAUAUGAAGCAGAGUUACACAAGCUAAAAGAAUCUGAAGAAGUACAAGAAUUCUUUCUGCAGGAGAUACAGCUAGGGGAACUUUGGUUGACAAAAGGAGAGCAGAAGAAGAGUGUUGAACACCUCAUCAAUGCCAUUUCUGUGUGCGCACAGCCAAACCAGCUAAUACAAGUCUUGGAGCAAACUCUACCUCCGCAAGUAUUUGAAAUGCUUGUGCACAGUAUCCCAUAUACUAUUCAACGAUUUGAGACAGCUGUGAGCCAGCAGAAUGCUGGAGAUGACUGA